CAUCAAUUUAGCAGUUAUUUGUAUGACAUGUUACUUGUCGAUUGUUAGUUAUAUCAUGGUUAUUUGGUGACUUUGGAAUUCAAUAUUCAGCUUUAGAUUUGGUGAUAUGCAAGUAAAAUUUAGUGUUGUUCUAUGAUAAUAUUAUGCCAAAGGAUUGACAUUUAACGGAACAUCAUAAAAAUGGCACAGUUUUUAUUUCGAGGACUCCGAUUGUGCAACACCACUAUUUUGAGCAAAACAGCAGCAUGUUGUAAAUGCGAGCGGAAUACAUUCAAACUGAUCUCGUACGUACAACCGUCAUUUGCAUCAUUGUUAAACAAGAAAUUGUACAGUUCUCUAACUGAAAAAAAACCUGCCGAAACAUCGGGAACGACACGUGCGCUCGAUCCAUUAGAUAUAUUUGGCGAGGAUAAAGAUGAAAGACGUAAGGAAAAAGAAAAAGCGAUAAAAAACUUAAAAAUAGGAUUCUUCUUCAUAGGUGCGUCAUUAAUGAUGGUUCUUGGCUCUGGUCUUUAUGUUCUAAUGGAUGACAAUUACUAUAAAAAGAACGAAGAUGAAAAAGAGGUGUAUCCGGUACGUGUGUUUAAUCGCGGAAGAUUGGCAGUCAGAGAGUUUUUUGAAUCAAUGCGAGCACCUUCUUACGAAAAACUAUUGCCUGAUCCAUUACCAUAUCCAUACAUUCAACCCCCAUACACAUUGAUUAUAGAAAUGACAGAUCUGCUCGUUCACCCAGAGUGGACAUAUUCAACCGGAUGGAGAUUUAAAAAGAGGCCAAAUGUUGAUCAUUUCCUUGAGCAAGUAUCUCAAAAUUAUGAAGUAGUUGUAUUCACAGCUUCAAAUGGAUUUAAUGUUUACCCAAUUUUAGACAGUUUGGAUAAAAAUAAUGUAAUUAUGUAUAGACUUGUUAAGAAUGCAACUGACUAUAUUGAUGGACAUCAUGUGAAGAAUAUUGACCGUAUUAACCGUGAUUUAUCUAAAGUUAUUAUGGUUGAUUGGAAUGUAGAUUCGGUAAAAUUACAAAGAGAAAAUGCCUUAGUAAUACCCAGAUGGACAGGUGAAGAUGGUGAUCAACAAUUGAUUCAAUUGGCCGAGUUUCUAAAUGUAGUUUCAGCAAGUGAAGUGAAUGAUGUAAGAGAAGUACUUUCAUAUUAUAAACAGUUUGACCACCCACUUGAAGUUUUUAAAGAAAACCAAAGAAAAUUAUUAGAAAUGCAAGAAGAACAAAAACAAAUAUCUGGCACACUUCCAAUAAAUAAAGCGAGAGGCUCGUGGAAAGAUAAAUAUCUAUAUGGAAAAUAAAUGUUAACUGUAAUUACAUAUUUUUAACUUUGUUUUUUUUAUACCAACAAUAAAGUAGGUAGUAGAUAUUAAUACUGCUCGACUAUUAUUUACUUUAUUAUUAUUUUUUUUAAUUCAAGAAGUCACCUGUUCAUGCUUAGUAGUACAACUAUUGAGAAUACCUGAAUAGUCUAUUAGGAAUAUUUAGUCAAUAAAAUCAUAAGUUGUAAUGAUAUAAA